UUAUUCAGCAAGCUUAUAGAAAUUACAAGAAAAGACCUGAAUCUUUGGCAAAACAAAUUUGGGAGUCAGUAAGAAAUGAUGGUACUCCUAAUAGAAAGAAAUUCUUAGGUAUACUAAGAAAAGGACAAAUG